AACGCUGUCAUUGGUCUCACUUUUUAACGAGUGACCGGUUGAAGGGCAGUGUGUCAUGUAAUUUCAGGGAGGCAACAGAUAAGGCAUACAUUUAAUCUGAUUUCAUCAACCUGCUUGGGUUCAGUUUCUGCACAACACCUGAAACCGACGGUGACUGAUUGGGAUUGAGGCAUUGUUUACUCUGUGAGACACUCGCAUGAACGCGCUAAAAGUGUUGCAGAACUGGCGCAACCUCUAUGGGGAAAUAUCUAUUUUCAUCUACGACGCAGCCAGGGUAGUUCAUUGAAGAAAACGCUCAACUAUACAACAGUUUGCCGCACUGCUGGACAAAGGCACUCACUUCUGCUGCUCUUGCUUGUGUUUACACACACUGUGGGACUGACUGUGCACCCCUCCUGUCCACAAGAUGCAUAUGAAUAGCUUACUGAAUCAAUGGAACGAGCUGUCUAGGAUGAGGUGUGAGGUGGAGGGGACCCCUGAACCCAGCAGCCCCACACUGCUCGGAGAGGCAGCAGACACCUACUGCCAGGUGGACCGAUGGCAAAAGCUACGCACCGCCGUCCGCAAGCUGGAAUUCUGGGAAGACUUCAGUGCUGAGCUGAUUGGGAGUGGCUUCUUCUCCAAGGUGUACAAGGUGUCACACUGUACCACAAGAAAGGUGAUGGUGGUCAAGAUCUAUAAGAACGACGUGGACCAGGACAGCAUCGUACGAGAGAUCAGUCUACUGCGGAAGCUCUCACACCCCAACAUUGUCAGGUAUCUUGGAAUCUGCGUGCGGGAGGAUAAGCUGUAUCCAAUAUUGGAGUACGUGAGUGGGGGCUGUCUGGAAGACCUCUUGGCCCAGGAGGACGUGUCUCUGGGUUGGAGGGAGAAGGUGGAUCUGGCCUGUGACAUCAGCAGAGGCAUGACUUACCUGCACUACAAGAACAUCUACCACAGAGACCUCAACUCCAAGAACUGUCUGAUCCGGGAGACGUAUCGGGGCAGGGAGGCGGUGGUGACAGACUUUGGUCUGGCCAGAGAGGUGAUGGUGGAACUGCCGGUCAACGACCCCGAGAGGAAGAUGUCUCUGGUGGGAUCUGCUUUCUGGAUGGCCCCCGAGAUGCUCCGAGGGGAACCCUAUGACCGCAAGGUGGACGUCUUCUCCUUUGGGAUCAUGCUGUGUGAGAUUCUGGGUCGGAUCCCAGCAGAUCCUGAGAUCCUUCCCAGAACACGGGACUAUGGUCUAGAUAUGGAGGCCUUCAGUAAGAUGGUGCAGGGCUGUCCACGACACAUCCUGGAGCUGUCAGCCAACUGCUGUCUGAUGGAUGCGUUUCGGAGACCCUCCUUCUCAGAGCUGCUGGAAGAGUUGGAGGACAUCGCUGAGAGCCUGGAACCCCCCGACUCAGACCUGACCACGGGGUGAGGGUGUGGGGUCACCGUGUACUCCCAAACCCCUCCAGAAGCGUGUGGACUGCAGCAGGCAGCCACUCCAAAGUUUUAUACAGCAGAGGCACUUUAUAAUUCAGGACCGCUUUACAGUAACACAUGCAGGGCUCCCAUUGCAGCUCUCCCUGCUGACUCUGUGUGACUCUCUGAAACAGAACCGGUUGACCGAAAGUUCAACCCCCCCCCCCCC